UCUUUCUGUCUUGACCCGUUUCUGAUCCGUCUUGCUUCUUCUCCGGCCAUCAACGACGGAGUUCCGGCAAAACCAUACCUUUCGUACUCAUCUCUUCUUCUUCACUCCUGUUUGUGUUAAAGAUGUUAGCUUUUGUGUGACUGGUUCUCGUUUUAAUGGAUAUCGAGCUGGUGAAGCAAGAAACGGAAGAGCUCUCGUAUCCCAGGGACCUUCUUCGGCGGCUCUCCGGCGCAAGAUUCAGCAACGAACAUCCUCCUAUAAAGCGUGAGAUGGAGCCGGAGCUAAGCCUGGGGCUUUCUCUUGGGGGAUGCUUUGCCGUGGAGCCAAGAGAGAUGCGACUCGUGCGGUCCUCAUCUAUUGCGACGCUCUCAGUGUUCUCAAACGAGCCAGCCUCUUCAUCUCUUGUGCGAACUUGCUCUCUUCCCGUAGAGGCUAACGAGGAGAAUAGGAAGCGGAAGGAGAUGCAGAGCUUGAAAAGGCUGGAGGCGAAGAGGAAGAGAACGGAGAAGAGAAGUAGUUCAAGGACGCCGAUGGCGUCUGCGGGUAGUGGGGAUCCGAAGGAGGAACCGAAUCGGGCGGGGGCGCUGCGGAAGAGCAGUUCUGAAUUUGAUGGAAGAGCGUUGGAAGAAUCUGAGAUCUCAAGCUUAAGCAACUCUUCAGUUGUUACUUCAUUGCCCGACUCGGGUCGCAAGUCAGCUGCUGCAGAUUCAUUACCGCCGCGACUAAGAUCCCUCAAUUCCUUGCAAAAUGAUGAUAAAGCAUUGAAGAGGACUACUAGCAACUUAUACACACCGAAAGAUAUGGGAAGAAAUAUAAUGGAUGAGAUGCCUUGUGUGUCAGUUAAAGGAGAUGGCCCCAAUGGUAGGAAGAUUGACGGUUUCCUCUACAAGUACAGGAAAGGUGAAGAGGUAAGGAUUGUCUGUGUUUGCCAUGGCAGCUUCCUUACUCCGGCUGAGUUUGUCAAGCAUGCUGGAGGAGGCAACGUGACUCAUCCUCUCAGGCAUAUUGUUGUUAACCCUUCUGCUUCAGUUUAUUUCUAAUGCUUCAUAUGCAGAUUUCAGAUGACUUCGGCUUCGUUUGGGACGGCUUUCUUAAUGCUUUUUAAAAUAGUUUUUUAACACAAAAGUUUAAUUUUUUAUACUAGGAAGCUGCUUUAAGAAGCAGUAAUUCGUCCCAAAUGAAACCUUCAUCAAGUAAGCAAGCUUGAUCUGUUACUGAAGUACCAAGAGGGAAGGGAAGUCUCCACUUUCUCUCCUUUUUCUAUUCCCUUGUCAUGAUGUAUUUUGCCUUUUGUUUUUUCUUUGAUGAAUGAGAGAAGGAUAAUGAAGAGUUCCUUAGUUGGUUGCUUGUUUGAUUCCUUCCACUUUUCUUGUACUGCAGGCGAUGAUUUACAUGUUUACUUGUUGGUAUCCAUGGGACCAUGUCUCUUAAUGAUGUUCAAACUUGUCUUCCUGA